CACAAACAUCCCCUAUCCUGUCCGUCUCACGCAGUGUGUCAGGUGUUGUUUCAAAUUCUCACGUCUUUUCGGUGAUUAAAGUGUCGUUUAUUCCUGAUAACAUCAUAAUCUAAUAUAGAUGGGUGAACAGCAGAUCAAAAUUAAAGGGAGCGCACCGCCGUCACCUUCACUUCCAUCAGCAAAACCUAAUCAGGUUAGUACAGUUGUGCUGUAUGGAAUUCCGAUAGUUUCACUAGUGAUUGAAAAUCAAGAACGUUUAUGCCUGGCGCAAAUUUCGAACACAUUGCUAAAGCAGUUCAGUUACAAUGAAAUCCACAAUAGACGGGUAGCGCUUGGAAUAACAUGCGUGCAAUGCACUCCUGUGCAAUUGGAGAUUCUCCGUCGAGCUGGUGCCAUGCCUGUAUCCUCCCGCCGGUGUGGAAUGAUCACCCGUCGUGAAGCAGAACGUCUUUGUAAGAGCUCUGGUGACAACGCACCACCUCGACUCCCCGACGACUUUGCAUUCUCCGUGCACCAUGAAUGCGCCUGGGGCUGUCGAGGUUCCUUCCUACCAUCACGCUAUAAUUCCUCACGAGCAAAGUGCAUCAAGUGUUCCAUGUGCGGCUUGUUUUUCUCUCCAAAUAAAUUCAUCUUUCACUCACAUCGUCUUAGCGCCAACGACAAGUACGUGCAGCCUGACGCGGCUAACUUUAAUUCCUGGCGACGUCACAUGAAACUCAGCGGUAGCCCUCCGGAUGAAGUGGUCUUUGCAUGGGAGGAUGUCAAGGCUAUGUUCAACGGUGGUACACGAAAACGCAUGCUGGCUAAUUCUGUGAUCAGUACACGUCAACCCAAACAAGUUAAAACAGCGCCUGCUACUCCCCCAACACCACAACCAGUGGUACCAGCGCCGAGGUUACCAGCGUGUCCGGAAUUACCUCUGCCGAUAUCCAGAGUCGCAAUGGAUUUCAUCUAUAACAAACCAUUUGCGUUUUCUUCAUAUGGAUCAUUUCCAUGGUUAAAACGUAAUCCAAUUCUGUUUCCACACGAAAAUCCUUUCUUUCCUAUGGAUAAAUCGUACCAGUCGGCGUUUAGACCUGUUAGUUCUAUUGAGGAGCCUCCAACGUCCAAAGAGCAAGAUCAAAGUGAUGAUGAAGUGGAUAUUGAGACAACAGACGACAAAACAGACAUCCCUACAACUACUCAUGGCCAGUGGAGCCCAAAUUCCGAAUCAAAGCUAGGCCCAUUAGUGGAACGCAGUCGAACUCCAGAAUCAAACGAUGAACAACAUCAUCCUUCAUUAGUUCCUGCAUCAGUUUGCCAACAAGAAUUAUUACCUGCUUCAGCACUAACACAUCGUAUCUGGAAUUUGUCGCGAUUGUCGUUCGACGGUACAGAUCGCACCAACUUCCUCUAUCGACAAGAUUUGCACCGACACUUUGUUCUUGCGGGUGAAGCACCUAGUCCCGGCCCGGUAUCGUUGAUAUCCAAGCCCAACAUGGAGUGUUCUACUUGCAUCGGUCACGAGUCUACAUUUAGUCCACCAGAAAAUAAUAAUAAACUAAUACCGUAAAUUAAUUCGCUUGCUAUAACGCGUUUAAAGAUUUUGUUAGUUGCAAACCAUGUUAAUACAAUUUGUUGAAAGAAAUGAACUGAUAAGUUUACAAAAUAUUCAACAAAUAACUAUAGCUCACUAUCUAUCCAUGUCAAAUAUCAUUUUCUUUGAUACUGUAAGAAAAUAGCGUUGUAUGCAUUUAGAAAUUUGACAAAAACAUAUCAGUAAUUAGUAUCUUCACAAUUAAUUUGUAAUAUUUUCGUA